CUUACCCGGCGUGCCGCGCGCCGGCGUCCCCCGCCCGCUUCUGUUUUGGCCCUUCCAAGAUGGCGGUGCAGGAGUCGGCGGCGCAGCUGUCCCUGACCCUCAAGGUGCAGGAGUACCCGACGCUCAAGGUUCCCUAUGAGACACUGAACAAACGCUUUCGGGCUGCUCAGAAGAACAUUGACCGGGAGACCAGCCACGUCACCAUGGUGGUGGCUGAGCUGGAGAAGACCUUGAGCAGCUGCCCCGCCGUGGACUCUGUGGUCAGCCUCCUGGAUGGCGUGGUAGAGAAGCUCAGUGUGCUCAAGAGGAAGGCAGUGGAGUCCAUCCAGGCAGAGGACGAGAGUGCCAAGUUGUGCAAGCGCAGGAUCGAGCACCUCAAGGAGCACAGCAGCGAGCAGCCUGCAGCGGCCGGCGUGUGGAAGCGGAAGCGCAUGGACCGCAUGAUGGUGGAGCACCUGCUGCGCUGCGGCUACUAUAGCACGGCCGUGAAGCUGGCCCGCCAGAGCGGCAUUGAGGACCUGGUGAACAUCGAGAUGUUCCUGACGGCCAAGGAAGUGGAAGAGUCCUUAGAGCGGCGCGAGACAGCCACCUGCCUGGCUUGGUGCCAUGACAACAAGUCCCGCCUCCGCAAAAUGAAGAGCUGCCUGGAGUUCAGCCUCCGGAUCCAGGAGUUCAUCGAACUCAUCCGGCAGAACAAGAGACUGGAUGCUGUGAGGCACGCGAGGAAGCACUUCAGUCAGGCCGAGGGCAGCCAGCUGGACGAGGUGCGCCAGGCCAUGGGCAUGCUGGCCUUCCCGCCCGACACGCACAUCUCCCCAUACAAGGACCUCCUGGACCCGGCCCGGUGGCGCAUGCUGACCCAGCAGUUUCGGUACGACAAUUACCGGCUGCACCAACUGGGAAACAGUUCUGUGUUCACCCUCACGCUGCAGGCUGGCCUGUCAGCCAUCAAGACCCCGCAGUGCUACAAGGAGGACGGCAGCUCCAAGAGCCCUGACUGCCCGGUGUGCAGCCGCUCUCUCAACAAGCUGGCGCAGCCACUGCCCAUGGCCCACUGUGCCAACUCGAGGCUGGUGUGCAAGAUCUCAGGCGACGUCAUGAAUGAGAACAACCCGCCCAUGAUGCUGCCCAACGGCUAUGUCUACGGCUACAAUUCCCUGCUUUCCAUCCGCCAAGAUGACAAAGUUGUGUGCCCGAGAACCAAAGAGGUCUUCCACUUCUCACAGGCCGAGAAGGUGUACAUCAUGUAGGCCCCAGCCUCCACGGAGCUUGUUUCUUACGUUGUUUCUUACGACCAAAGACCCGUGAGUGGCGGCCGCGGCCUGGGGAGGGAGAAGGCCCCGGCCCAAGGGUCUCCUGAGCGUGGUGAAGCCCCCACCCCAGCCGAGAGGAGCUGCCACUCUGUGUGCCUCUUGGCUCCCACACGCGGGGCUGGGACGCAGGCCCUGGCUGCAGCCUGCGAGGAGGCGGCUGCGCCGGCUGACACGCGGGUCAGCUGUCCAGCACAUGCCGCCGUGACUCCGCCGCCUUAUUUCCUGCUUGGAGAACUCGCGGUAGAGCUUUGUACCUAGCGCUUCCCUGUGCAUGCCACAACUAGCAGUGACUGUUCUGACUCAAUAAACCUUUUCUACUCC